UAGCCAUGAACCGGUUCGGGACGCGGUUCAUGGGAGCCGCGACGACGACGCCGUCGCCUGCGUCGAAAGCCCGCGGCGACGAGAACCUGGACAAAAUCGAUAUGUCUCUGGAUGAUAUCAUCAAAUUGAAUAGAAAGGAAGGAAAGAAGACCUUUCCAAGACUAAAUAGAAAACUCCAGCAAAGUGGUGCCAGACAAUUCAGAAUGAGAGUUCGCUGGGGGAUCCAACAGAAUUUUGGUUUUGGUAAGAAUAGUCUGAGCCAAAGAGGAAAAGUAAUGCCUGGAAAGAGACGUCCUUAUGGAGUUAUCACGGGCCUUGCGGCUAGGAAAGCAACUGGAAUUCGAAAGGGAAUUAGUCCUAUGAAUCGACCACCUCUGAGUGACAAGAAUAUAGAACGAUAUUUUCCAGUGUUAAAAAGAAAGACAAACCUUCUGAGACAAAAUGAAGUGCAGAGGAAACCAGUUGGAGUUCUGAAGAAACCUAAUCAGAUAAACAGAAAAAAUAACAUUCCAGCCAAUUUUACCAGGAGUGGAAAUAAAUUAAGUCAUCAGAAAGACACACGUCAAGCAACUUUUCUUUUCAGAAGAGGCUUGAAGGUUCAGGCCCAGUUAAACACAGAACAACUGCUAAAUGAUGUAGUAGCAAAGAGAACUCGUCAAUGGCGUACUUCCACCACAAAUGGAGGAAUUUUGACUGUAUCUAUUGACAAUCCAGGAGCAGUGCAGCCCCCGGUAACACAGAAACCACGAUUAACACGUACUGCUGUACCCUCAUUCUUGACAAAAAGAGAACAAACUGAUGUAAAGAAAAUUCCUAAAGGUGUUCCCCUACAAUUUGACAUAAAUAGUGUUGGAAAACAGACAGGAAUGACUUUGAAUGAGCGGUUUGGGAUCCUAAAGGAACAAAGAACCACACUCUCAUUCAACAAAGGAGGAAGCCGCUUUGUGACUGUGGGAUAGAUAUCAUUUAGAGGGACUUUUGAGUGAUGACUUGGUUUUGAAAUGUUGAAUUGCUUGAAGAGUUUAUCACAAAUUCAAGAAACUAUUUGAAAAAAUUCACGAGUCUAAAAACUCUUAUUUUUAUUUUUAAAUUUUUUUAACAUGUAUAAAUAGUGCCCUAUAAGAAAAACAGGCACUAUACUUAGCUGUUCUUGAACUGUUCAUGUUUGCCCCAGAUAGAAAUAUUCUUCCUGUGACUUCUGUGGUUCCUCAUGCAGCAGAAAGAAUACAGAAUGUUAGAAAGUGAUUAUUUUUAUUAUAGUGUUAUUUAGGAUCUCAUUGCCUUCGGCCAUUUUUUACACUUAAAUCUUAGUCUUGGAAAUAUGAGUAGAUCCUUUUGAUGCUGUCACUUAUCCUUUAACAGUGUUGAUGUAUUAAGUGCAGUUGACUUUUCUUCAUUAGAUAUAAAAAUAUAUUUGAAUUACAGUUUUGGGUUAAGACUAAUGGAAAUAUUUAGAACGAUUCUUUUUCAGAUAAUGUUAGAUUAUUCUUCCACAGUUGUAAAUUUUUAGUGCUGAACUUUUAACGAGAAAUUUGACUCUAAACAGUCUUAUUCUAAUGGUCUUUGAAGACUAUAACUGCAUGUUUAUACAGUAACUUGUUAUCAGGCUUUGGAGACGGUCUUCCAAGUAUAAAAAUCUAAUGGUUUGUUUACUAAAAGAAGGAAUGAGAAAAAUUUGCUGAUUGAGAUGGUAAACUGAGGCGGAAAACUUAAAAAAUCAGGUUAUAGGUGUACUCUUUGGUUUAGUGUAGUUUUGAGUAUAGUAUACACAAUUCUUCAAAUGCUGUUUAGAAGAAUUAUAAUAUUUAAUUAAAUUAGAUAUUUUAUAGUGAAAUUAAUAGCCAUAAAGUCCUAGACUACUUGUUUAAAAACUUAAAUUUUAUAAGCUUUUAAGCUUGCUAAAUUGAACAGUGUAUACAGCUCCAGAAACAAAAAAAAAUUAAAUUGUUUAUGUUAGGAAAGGGGGGAAAUGCAAAAUAGUAAGAGUAUAUUAUAGCCUUGUUUUAUAGCUUUCAUUCUGAUUUCUUGCAUAACGUUCAGGUAUUUAUGAUGAGAAAAGUCCCCCUCUCCAGUCUACAUAGUUGGGAAGAGUUAGUCUGAUGUUCUAAGCUAAAAUUAAGCAUUCUCCAAUGGUUGUAUACCACAAGUUAUGGUAUAGUGCCAAAAUGCAGCAAAAUAUAUUGGCAAUAAGUUAAAAGUUUGGUCAUUUUCAGUUUAAUUUUUGGUUUUCUGCAAUAUUAAAAUAUCUGAGUUAGGUAUGUUUCUCAAGAGUGUUUUAAAUGAUGAUUUUCUCUGUAAGGAAAACAAAGCUGAACAUUGUCACUCCUGCCUACUUUCCAAUUGUGGACUACACCUCAUUUUUUGUUUCAUGCUUCUUGGAUCACUUGGUUUAUGUUAGCCAUAGAAAGCGAUCAAUAACAGUUUCGUGCUUAUACCAAAGAGUUAAACCUUGAUCUCUAAUAUCUGAUAUUUUGCCAGUAAGUCUGUUGAUAAAGGAUUACCAAAAGUUUGUCACAAAGUUUGAAAAUAAACUGUAGUUUCCAUAAGCUAA